AUGCCAAUGCUGGACGAAAGCCCGCUGCUCCAGCACCAAGCCGCCGCCCAGACGCCCUUCGCCUACGCCUCCACCUUCGACAUCCUCUUCCCGCCCACCUACCUCUCCGCCUCCGCCGCGACCAAACACCCACUAUGCGGUAACGCUGAGGGCUGGGGCCCGCUGAGCCCACACCGCUACGACCUCACCCCAUGUUUCCUCGACAUCUGGGUCCUCAUCGUCGCCGCAUGGGGACUCUUCGCGGGCCUCGCUGCCAUCUGGUGGCUGUAUCGCCAGACGCGUCCGGAGCCCGUGGGGCGGAAUUGGCAUUUCUACAGCAAGCUUGCGGUGGUGGGAGUGAUCCUGCUCUUGACGGUCGCGCAGGCGGGACUGCAGAUCUACGCGUUCGGGAGUGAUGUGUGGUUUCGGGACUUCAGGUUCUGGACGACGGUGGUCAGUUUCCUGGGCACGGGGGUGGUUGGAUACAUGCAAUAUGCGGAACACUGGCGGUUGCGGUACCCGCAUGGAGUGGUGCUGGUUUACUGGCUGUUUUACUUGAUCGUGAGCGCGGUCAAGUUGAGGAGCUUGGUUUCGCAGAAGAAUCACGUUUAUCAUGUGGCAUACUUUGCGGUCUUUACCGCGACCAUGGGGUUUGCGGCUGUAGAGCUGGUGUUGGAAUGGCUGGUUCCUAAGAAGGUCUCUGCCUACGAUGCGUUGGGUGAUGAAGAUGAGUGCCCGCUGGAAUAUGCGACGCUGUUCUCGUCUCUGACGUUCUCGUGGAUGACGCCGUUGAUGAAGUUCGGGUACAAGGAGUUCCUUACUCAAGACGAUCUGUGGAAUUUGCGCAAGAGCGAUACCACCAAGACCACUGCUGGCGAAUUCAACGAGGCGUGGGAGCAUGAGCUGGAGAAGAAGAAGCCUAGUCUUUGGAUCGCCAUGUUCAGCGCUUUUGGUGGGCCGUACUUGAUAGGCGCCAUCAUCAAGACUGCGUCUGAUUGUCUGGCUUUUGUGCAGCCUCAGCUUUUGCGCUUCUUGAUUUCCUGGGUGGACUCCUACAGACCUGGAAAUGAGCCUGAACCGCCGAUCAAGGGUGCGGCUAUCGCAGUCGCCAUGUUUGCUGUGUCCGUCGCCCAGACUGCAUGUCUUCAUCAAUACUUUGCUCGCGCUUUCGAGACGGGCAUGAGGAUCAAGAGCGCGCUUACGGCUACGAUUUACACCAAGAGCAUGAAGUUGAGCAACGAGGGACGAGCAUCGAAAAGCACUGGUGAUAUCGUCAACCACAUGGCCGUGGAUACCCAGAGGUUGCAGGAUCUUGCGCAGUACGGCCAGCAGCUUUGGUCCGCGCCCUUGCAGAUCACGCUGUGCCUGGUAUCGCUGUAUCAGCUCGUGGGUGUGAGUAUGUUCGCGGGGCUGGGUGUCAUGAUUCUCAUGAUUCCCAUCAAUGGAUUCAUCGCCAAGAUCAGUAAGACACUUCAGAAGAGGCAGAUGAAGAACAAGGACGCCCGUACGCGUCUGAUGACGGAGAUUCUGAACAACAUGAAGUCGAUCAAGCUCUAUGCCUGGACCAAGGCGUUCAUGACCAGGCUGAAUAUGAUUCGAAACGACUGGGAGCUGAACACCCUGCGCAAGAUUGGGGCUGUCACUGCCGUGGCCAACUUCACCUGGAACUCGACGCCUUUCCUGGUCUCUUGCUCGACAUUCGCGGUCUUUGUGGCGACUAACGACAAGCCGUUGUCGACCGAUAUCGUCUUCCCGGCGUUGACUCUUUUCAAUCUGCUGACCUUCCCACUUGCAAUGCUGCCAAUGGUCAUCACCGCCAUCAUUGAGGCUUCUGUCGCAGUCAACCGUCUGACCGACUACUUCACUGCGCCCGAACUUCAGCCAGACGCCGUCCUACGUGGGGAUCCUGUCGAGCAUGGCGAGGAAUCGAUCCGAAUUCGCGAUGCUACAUUCACCUGGGACAACAACGACGAUCGAAACGUCCUCCACGACGUCAACUUCAGCGCCCACAAAGGCGAGCUUUCGUGUAUUGUUGGCCGAGUGGGAGCUGGCAAGUCGAGUAUGCUGUCGACGAUGCUGGGAGACCUCUACAAGAUCAAGGGUGAAGUUGUCGUGCGUGGCAGCGUUGCGUAUGUCGCGCAGAGUCCUUGGGUCAUGAAUGCGAGUGUCCGCGAGAACAUCGUCUUUGGCCAUCGUUGGGAUCCGCAAUUCUACGACAAGACUAUCCAUGCUUGCGCUUUGAAAGAGGACUUUGCAAGCUUGCCUGAUGGUGACCAGACUGAAGUUGGCGAACGUGGUAUUUCUCUGUCGGGUGGACAGAAAGCUCGAUUAACGCUUGCUCGCGCUGUGUAUGCUCGUGCGGAUAUUUAUCUGCUUGAUGAUGUGCUCAGCGCGGUCGAUCAGCAUGUGGGAAGGCACUUGAUCGACAAUAUUCUCGGUCCCAAGGGGCUGCUGGCUGGAAAGACGAGGAUCCUGGCUACGAAUGCCAUUCCAGUCCUCAUGGAAGCACACUUCAUCGCUCUCCUGCGCGACGGCAGAAUCAUCGAGCGCGGCACUUACGAACAGCUCAUGGCCAUGAAGGGCGAGAUCGCCCAGCUGAUCAAGACCACCAGCAAGCAAGACUCGUCCGCCGAAGAUUCCCUCGAAAGCCCUUCAUCGCCAAGCACAGUCUACGGGCUGGAAGAUCCGGAAGACGAAGAGGAGCAGGCGGAGGCUACUGAUGGACUGGCGCUCAUGGAGCCUAUCAAGCCUGGUGGCGGCGCUCCUCAGCGCAAGACUAGCAAUAUGACAUUGCGACGGGCUUCGACGGCUUCCUUCCGUGGACCACGUGGAAAGGUGAAUGACGAGGAGGAGAACAAAGGUCUGAAGUCGAAACAGACUAAGGAGUUCUCGGAACAGGGCAAAGUCAAGUGGGACGUCUACAAAGAAUACGCCAAGGCCAGCAACCUCUACGCCGUCGCCAUUUACAUGGUGACUCUCGUUGGCGCGAAGACCGCGGAGAUCGGGGGGAGCGUCUGGCUCAAGAAUUGGUCAGAAGCCAACGACGUGGCCGGCGGCAACCCGAACGUCACCAGGUACAUCCUCAUCUAUUUCGCCUUCGGCAUCGGCGCGGCCCUGCUAGUCGUCAUCCAGACCCUCAUUCAGUGGAUCUUCUGCUCGAUCGAGGCAUCUAGGAAGCUGCAUGAGCGUAUGGCAUACAGCAUCUUCAGGAGCCCCAUGUCCUUCUUCGAAACAACACCAUCCGGCCGAAUCCUGAACCGCUUUUCUUCGCGCACCUUCAACAUGCUGUUCACGAAUGCCGCACGAGCCGCUUUUACGCUGGUUGUCAUUUCGACGUCAACCCCUGUCUUCAUCGCCCUCAUCGUUCCUCUUGGCGCCCUGUACCUCUGGAUCCAGAAGUACUACCUGCGAACGUCACGAGAGCUGAAACGCCUCGACAGUAUCAGCCGUAGCCCCAUUUACGCCCACUUCCAGGAAUCACUUGCCGGAAUCAGCACAAUACGAGCCUAUCGGCAGGCGAAGCGCUUCUCUCUCGAAAAUGAGUGGCGUGUAGACGCUAACCUGCGGGCCUACUUCCCUUCAAUCAGCGCCAACAGAUGGCUUGCAGUUCGCUUGGAGUUCCUCGGGUCCAUCAUCAUCCUCGCGGCGGCUGGCUUCGCCAUUAUCUCGGUGACGGUGGGCAGUGGUUUGUCGGCGGGUAUGAUUGGGCUUGCCAUGAGCUACGCCCUGCAAAUUACACAAUCGCUCAACUGGAUCGUGAGGCAGACUGUUGAAGUCGAAACUAACAUCGUGUCCGUGGAACGUGUUUUGGAAUACGCUCGGCUGCCAAGCGAAGCGCCUGAAGUCAUUUCGAAGAACCGCCCGCCGAACAGUUGGCCUUCGAAGGGUGCCGUGUCGUUCAACAACUAUAGCACGAGGUACCGACCGGGAUUGGACCUGGUCCUGAAGAAUGUCAAUCUCAGCCUCAAGUCGCACGAGAAGAUUGGAGUGGUUGGUCGAACGGGCGCGGGCAAGUCAUCCCUGACGCUGGCGCUUUUCCGGAUCAUCGAGCCGGCGGAAGGCGAUGUCACCAUCGACGGCAUCAGCACAAGCUCCAUCGGGCUGUACGACUUACGUAGUCGACUUGCAAUCAUUCCUCAAGACGCCGCGCUAUUCGAAGGCACUGUCAGGGACAACCUGGAUCCAGGGCACAUCCACGAUGACACGGAGCUGUGGAGUGUUCUCGAUCAUGCUCGGCUGCGAGAUCACGUCGCGUCGAUGACGGGGCAGCUGGAUGCGCACAUCCAGGAAGGAGGGUCGAAUCUUUCGCAAGGACAGCGGCAGCUCGUGUCGUUGGCGCGCGCGUUGUUGACUCCCAGCAAUAUCCUGGUUCUGGACGAGGCGACGGCGGCGGUGGAUGUUGAGACGGAUGCGAUGCUGCAGACGACGCUGCGGAGCAAUAUGUUCAAGGAUCGUACCAUCGUUACGAUCGCGCACCGCAUCAACACCAUCCUCGACAGCGACCGCAUCGUGGUGCUGGACCACGGCACCGUCAAGGAGUUCGACUCACCAGCAAAUCUGAUCCAAAGCAGGGGCCUGUUCUACGAAUUGGUUCGCGAAUCGGGGCUUUUGAGCCAGGUCGACACUUCCGGGGCUGGUCAGUAG